CGCACAGCCCCCGCAACCCCGCCCUCGCCCCCCUCGCAUUCUCCCUCCCUCCUUCGCCCUUUUCAAUCCCCUGCUAUUGCUGCUGUUGCUGUUGUUGUUGUUCCUGUUGUUGCUGCCUCCAGGAUCUAGCCUUCCCCCCUCCCAUCGCCUCCCUCCCUUUCUUUCUUCCUCCUUCCACUACCGUCAUUACCCGACCACCAGUCCACGCACGCGCUUGCAUGCUAGCGUCGAUCAUCGAGUAGUUGCGCUCUGAACCUUGAGUUGUGACUUGAAUCCAAUCGCACCGUAGCUGGCUCCGAAUCUAGCUCGUGUCUCUUUCGAUUUCUGGCGCCAUCCGCUGUACGCGUCUCCACCAGGGUGCUUGGGUCCUGUGCGGAGAAACCUAAUUGUGAGUUAUAGCUACGGUUGGAGACGUUGAUGGAUUGCUGAUGGCAAGAAAGCAAGUGGUGUCCGCCGUGAAUUGGAAAGUAGAGGUGCGAAUCUCAGAUCUUAGGAGGUGGAGAGCUUCUCCAGCGGCGAUUCUGGGCUAAGAAUGAUGGAUCCCUCCGAGAGUCCUGGAAGAAAGUUUUCAGCUAGCCACCAUGACAGAUUCGAUCAAGCGUCGCCAGGGGGACCUGUUACUAGCAAGCUUGUCGGACCAGUCCACGGCGAAACCGUGCUUGCCUCAGAGAGAUUCGACAAAGCAGGGUUGCUGGCUGCACAUCUAGCAGCUUUGCACGAUGCGUACAUGCUGGAGCGAGGCUUAUUGCCUGGGACCUCAUUGCCGGAUAACGAGGCGCCUCCGAUUCCGCCCGUAUACGCUGAGUUGCCAUGGAAAGACUUCAAGUUGAUGUCGCUCGCAGAGAUGAAAGUCGGGAAGACACAUCGGAAGCAUGUCUUGGAAGGCCGUCUGUGUGGGAAGUCUCUAAAAGUCACAUCUGUGGUAAAUGUGUUGGAGGAGGACUCGGGCCUUGCAACGAAACUCAUCUUGACGAACGCGUUGCCAGUGAGGGCCAGUAUGGCGCAAGCGCAGAAUUGCUACCCGGAGGGUUCACGGGUUGCGGUACGAGAUCCAUAUCUUACUCGGUUUCCUGAUGGAGUGGUUGGGGUGUUGGUUGAGCGACCUAAUGACAUCGCCUUUCUGUCAAGGCCCGAGAAUGUUGGAGAAAGUGGUAGAACAAUCUAUGGUGCUGUCGAAUUGGAAGGCCACGACGAUGAUGAUAAGUAUGCGCUGACCAUGAGCCGAGACCACGAGGAUUUCUCCAGAAAGAUCCAUCUCUUUGAGCAGCAGAUGAAACAAGAGAAUUCUCAUUUUUCAGGAGUUCCGGAUAGCUUUGAGAAGAAGACGGCGUUAUACCCUAAGCCAUUUGGUCACGAGUCAAAAGAGCGAAUCUCCCCUUCGAAGGACGGACCAAAGGUGAGUUCAUUGUCAAAGGACAAUGCCAAAGAACCCGAAGAAAUUGUUGACGGUAAUGCUCGGGAACGAAGUUCCUCAAUUGCGGUCUCGCAACAUAAUCUGCCAAGCGGAAACGAAGAAGAGAGUGUCGCACUAGAAGUAGCUCCUGCAAAGACUGAGCUUAUUAGAGAAGCUGAAACUGCCUUACGUAACGAUGACGGUGGCGUUCCAGAUGUUUUACUGAAUCCUAACAAUUCUUCUAGUGAAAAUACACUGUCCGUGGAGACAACUUUUCAAGGUUCUGCUGAAUCAGAUGAGGCAACUACUAAACAUGAGGAGGUUGGCGAAGAGGUGCAGAAGAGUGGUACAGGAUUGAGUGAGUUGACCAGCAAACUCCAAGCUGAAACCCUAGAGGAUGUUGGUCAUGCAAAUGGCAACCCUGUAAACGUCGAGACACAGCCUAAAGUUUCGGAAGGUGUCCCAGAGAAGAAAAUCCCACUCAUUAGGAAGCAGUUUCAGCGAAGCGACAGUUUGUUAGCAGUGCAGGAAGUCGAAGACUCUAAAGCUAGAGUCGACAAAGCUCAUGGGGAGUCCGGCUCUGUAGAGGCUGGUAAAUCUGCCAUGUUGGAGAAACCACGUCACGAAGAAGAGAAGGAGAAUUCUAACAUCCAAGAGCAAGCUACUCAAGUGUCCAAAGACUUCGUUGAAACACACAGUUCCAAUGAUCUUAGAGUGCUGGGUAACAUACUGUUUGGAGAGGAGAAUUAUGAAGGCGCAGCAGAUCUUUACACCAGGAGCAUACGACUUGCAGAGGCGGAGGAGGAGCGACAGGGGAAACUAGUCUGUAAGAGCGAGAUUAUACUUGGAUACUCUAACCGUGCCGAAGCUUACAUCAGGCUACAGGAAUAUGCGAAGGCGUUGUCGGAUGCUAAGAAAGCUUUGUCACGAGAUCCCAACCACCUCAAGAGCUUGUUCAGGAAGGGGCGGGCGUUGCUCGGGCUCAGUCAGUACGAGCAAGCACUCACUACACUGCAGGUAGCAGCUCCUCGAGCGCCGACUGAUAGAGACCUUCAAGCUGCGCUGCAUGAGUGUAGUACUGGAGUACAGCAAAGUUGUCAUGGCCAUUACGACUUGGCGCAUUACUACCUAAAGGGGAGACAGGCGGGCGAGUCUCCGUUCUGCGCUGACUACAUUGGUCCUGUGAUUAUUACCGACGUGGGCAGGGGGCGUGGACGAGGGCUUGUGUUAACAAAAGAUGUGGAAGCAGGGGAACUGCUACUUGUGUCGAAUCCUAUCGCUUUCUUACCUUUGCAGGAGGGGGAUCACUCACGUACCGAGAUGUCGCAGGGAUUAGUGAACGGAAAAGUCCAGGAGGGGUUCCGCAAGAUUUUUGACGCUGCUCAAGCACAUAACAAAGGCCUCGAGAAAAUGCCGACGCUUUAUGACGGAGAAAAAGCUCUUCCGUGCCCAUCUGUGAACUGUACCGAUUUCGAAUCCGGACCUCAAGAACGCUUAAAUGCCUCACGCAUCCGCUGUAUCAUCCGGUUCAAUGCGAUCAAUGGUGACGCUACAAUGGGGUGGAAGAAUCUGCCUGGCUCUGGGGAGCAAGAUAGGAAGGUUGAGCACUGGGGGCUUUGGUGGUUGCCCUCGUUCAUUAAUCACUCAUGUCUUCCCAGCUGCUGCCCAAUUCUUGUAGGCAAAGCACUAUUCGUCUUUGCAUCCCGGGACUUGCGUGCAGGCGACGAAGUUACACGUCCCUACUUCGAUAUCUUUCAGCCUUUCGACCAGCGGAGGGAGUCGAGCACCCAGGGAUGGGGUUUCGUCUGUUACUGUCCGCGUUGCAAGCUUGAGGACGCAUUAGACACUUCACUUUCCAAAGUUACCGAGCAAUAUAUGAAGCUGAUGGAGUUAGCAAGUAAGUCCAAGUCCGAAUUCGGCACCGACGAGAAGCUGUCAGAGAUACAAACCACGGAAGCACUGAGAUGCUUUCACAUUCUGGAGAGUAAGUUGAAGGACUUCAAACUGAAUGAAGCAGAAAACAAUUGGGUCCGCUCAUCCUUCGUGCACUACAUCGAUUUGAUUAACGGCGACCACGACCUUCACACUCAUCUGGAAACCAUCGUAGAAGCUCUUGUCACGGUUUGCCCCGGCAGUGAAACCACAUUACACAUGGCAGUAGUUGCUAAAGACUCAUCGAGGAGAACCUUCGGCAAGAAAUCCGCCCAGUUCAAGGCUGCCAACCAACGCGCCCUCAACAUUUGCCGCUUCACAUAUGGGAAGCAGAAGGUUAGCGUUCUGCAGUCUAUAGUAGAUAGGAAUGAUUAUCAAUCAUAGCACGUCACAACCUGCGUUUCACUUCAGUGAUUAGUUUACAUUUUCAUUUCCCACAUUUUUCUUCGGGGGGGCAAAGAUCUGUGUGGUUUCUGUUGAUUCCUCAACGUGGCCGAUCGUAUUAGGGUCACUGAUAUUGUUAAUCAUGUAAGAAAGCGUGCCUGUAGAGUGAUAAUCUUGGGCUCACACCGACCCCGAUGGCUUGAGAAUGUAUCAACUUAAGUUUCAGCUCAGGAUCUGGUAGCCUAUAGGGUUUCAUUUGAUAGCUGGUAAUUUAGGACAGGAAUCAUAUUGUUCAUCGGAUUAUGAUGGUGCCAUAGAUAAGGUGACUGCUCUCACCUCUUUGUGAGAAUACUUAUCAAGUCUCUUUCUCGUUCACUAGUCUUAUCUCAAAGAUAUCUUCUAAUUUACUGUCCUCGUUCGUUGACCGAGGUUUUUAAAGCGACA